AGGCUGGCGACCUCGUCGCACAUCGCCAUGCCAUGUCCUUUCGCAACACAGGGGGAGCAAGUCCCACUCGCUCGAGGUUCAGAACUGAGACGGAUACUACACCGAGACAAAGCGGAACUCCACGGCUUUUGAUCGCAGGGGUUUCAGGUUCCCGGAGUCCUUCAGCGUCUCCGGUGACGGAGCUCCCGCUGAUUGAAACCGGACGCAGUUCACCGAAGCCUCGAAAGCCGCCUGUGGCUGCGGCCACGACACACUUUCCACUGGUCUCAAGGCGUGCCCCGCACUACGAUCGGGCAGAAUCUCACACCACGCUGGGCCGUGGAUCCAAUUCGCCCUCGACCAGCUCCAGUGGACCCGUGAGUUUGGGUUUACAUGGCAGGAGAGUCUCCAGUGGACAAAGUAAUGCCACUGUCGCAGUCCCUCAUGAGAUUCUAGCGCGAGGUGAACGAGCGCAGCGGAAGUUCCGUGAAGCAUUGGCAAAGGGCAAAGCUCAACCGCGGACACUUAAAGUGAUGUUUGUCGGACGGGGCCGAGCAGGCAAGACCUCCACGUUGAAAUCCCUAUGCAAUGAAGCCUUCGAUGCUAGCGAAGCCUCAACGCAUGGAGUGGAGAAUGCCGUUUGCACCACAGAACGACGCUUCGAGACUUCAACGCAGCCCACACGUGAAUGGCGGAGAAUGAGGCGUUUGCCAACCAACGACUUUGAUGUCGUCGUGGCGAAACACGUCGCACAAGAGCUGCGCCGCUCAGUGUCCGAGGACCCUCAGGAAGUGGAACGCGAGCGCCGUGAACGCAACAGUUCUACUGGCGUACCUCCAGCUGGCUGGAGCUCUGUGCUAGUGGAUCAGGACGGCGAAGGCAGCGGUUUUAAGAUGCCUUUGGAUUUGGUCAUCAAACAUAUGUCGCAAGAUGGUGACAUUGAAGAUGUGAUCACUCUGCAGACCUUUGAUUUUGCCGGUCAAGAGGAGUAUCACAUGCUUCACCACCUCUUCAUGAGCAACAAGGGCUUGUACCUUGUGAUUUUCGAUCUGAGUCUAUGGAUUGAUGCGGAAAAUGACGAUCGCAUUGCCGAGGAGUCGUUAACGUUCUGGAUUUGCUCUGUCCAUUGCCAUGCUCCGGAGAGCCGCGUUCUUUUAGCCCCUCAGACUGCGCAUGUGAACGAUCAGAAGAUCAUGGAAGAUCAGCCCCAAAGCGCCCAGAGACGAGUCAGACACUUCAGUAGAUGUCUGAAGAUCUCUAUCUAA